AUGUUUGAGGGCAAAAAGACGAAAAACAUGUUCCUGACACGAGCUUUGGAGAAGAUCUUGGCCGACAAGGAGGUGAAAAAGGCUCACCAUUCACAACUGCGCAAAGCCUGCGAGGUGGCGCUGGAGGAAAUCAAAGAGGAAUCAGAAAAAUUAAGUCCGCCCAGUGGAGACGGCAAAUCAGGAUCCAGCACUUUACCGCCAAUCAAAUCAAAGACCAACUUCAUUGAAGCCGACAAGUACUUCUUGCCGUUUGAGCUGGCAUGUCAGUCCAAAUGUCCCCGCAUCGUCAUCACCUCGCUCGACUGUUUACAGAAGCUGAUAGCGUAUGGCCACCUGACGGGCAGCGCCCCGGACAACACGGCGCCGGGUAAGAAGCUCAUCGACAGGAUCAUCGAGACCAUCUGUGCGUGUUUCCAGGGGCCGCAGACGGACGAGGGCGUGCAGCUGCAGAUCAUCAAGGCUCUGCUGACGGCAGUCACCUCGCAGCACAUAGAGAUCCACGAGGGCACCGUGCUGCAGGCCGUCCGCACCUGUUACAACAUCUACCUGGCCAGCAAGAACCUCAUCAACCAGACCACGGCCAAGGCCACGCUCACACAGAUGCUCAACGUCAUCUUCGCUCGCAUGGAGAAUCAAGCACUUACAAAUCACAAGCUAUCUUGGUCUCUGGCCUCCAGAAAGCGUGACCGCCAGCUGCAGGAGGCGAAGCAGCUGGAGAGAGAGCGCCACCGGCAGCAUUCCCCCGUCACCCAGCACGCUGAGCCAGACUCUCCCCAGCUCCACCCGCCGGCCAAGGCUCUGCCCCAGGAGGCCAACGGGCCCGUCACCCUGCCGACUCCCAGCAUCACCAUCCCAUCCACCCCGUCCACACCCUCGACGCCUGCCCCGGAGGGCAGCAGCAGGUCCGUGUCCGGGGAGCAGGAGGAGCGGGAGGAGCAGCGGGAGGAGCAGCGGGAGGAGGAGCGGGAGGAGGAGCAGGAAGAGCCAGAGGAGCCGCGGCCCGUCUACGAGAGCCCAGAUCCAGAAAAUGGUUCUGAUUUCUGCGUGGCUGAAAAUGAACAGACCGAGGCAGAUCAAGCCACCGCAGCAGCACAGAAUGCAGCAGCGCAGCAGCACCCAGAGGCCUCUGAGGAGGACGAGUUGACCCCGAACUUUGAGGAGAAAGCCCAGGAGAUCGUGCAGAGUAUUCUGCAGGAGGUGGUCAACACUGUGGCCGGAGGAAACUGCUUGGACCCCACAAAUCUUUGCUCUGACACGAAGGAGUCUGGUGGCGAGGGCGAGCCGGCGGAGUCGGAGCCGGCUGAAGCGGUGACGGAGGGCACCCAGAGCUCCCUGGAGGACGAGGGCACCCUGGGUAGCGAUAGCGAGCACGUCCAUGCUAACGGCAUCCCAGGCACGCCGAUUUCUGCCAGCUUCACGCCCUCGCUGCCCGAUGACAGACUGUCUCUGUCGUCCACUGACACUCAGGAGUCGGGAGCGGCGCCGGGCCAGCCGCCAGGUGCAAAAUUCUCCCACAUCCUGCAGAAAGAUGCUUUUCUUGUGUUUCGCUCGCUCUGCAAGCUUUCAAUGAAGCCGCUGUCGGAUGGUCCGCCUGAUCCCAAGUCCCAUGAGCUGCGAUCGAAGGUUCUGUCCCUGCAGCUGCUGCUGUCCAUCCUGCAGAAUGCCGGGCCCAUCUUCAAGACCAACGAGAUGUUCAUCAACGCCAUCAAGCAGUACCUGUGCGUGGCUCUGUCCAAGAACGGCGUCUCCUCCGUGCCCGAGGUCUUCGAACUCUCCCUCUCCAUCUUCCUCACUCUGCUCUCACACUUCAAGACGCACCUCAAGAUGCAGAUCGAGGUGUUCUUCAAGGAGAUCUUCCUCUACAUUCUGGAGACGUCCACCAGCUCCUACGACCACAAGUGGAUGGUGAUACAAACCCUCACCAGAAUCUGUGCAGAUGCCCAGAGUGUGGUGGACAUCUACGUCAACUACGAUUGUGACCUGAAUGCUGCCAACAUAUUUGAGCGGUUGGUCAACGACCUCUCUAAGAUCGCGCAGGGUCGCGGCGGCCAUGAGCUCGGAACAACAACCCUCCAGGAGCUGACCCUGAGAAAGAAAGGCCUUGAAUGUCUGGUGUCCAUCUUGAAAUGUAUGGUGGAGUGGAGUAAAGACCAAUACGUCAACCCCAACUCCCAGACCAGCCUCGGUCAGGAGAAGCCCUCCGAGCAGGAGAGCACAGAGCCCAAAGCCCCGGAGACCAUAAACCGCUACGGCAGCAUCAACUCUCUGGACUCCACCGCCUCCUCCGGCAUCGGCAGCUACAGCACCCAGAUGUCCGGCACCGACAACCCCGAGCAGUUCGAGGUGCUGAAGCAGCAGAAGGAGAUCAUCGAGCAGGGCAUCGACCUCUUCAACAAGAAACCAAAGAGAGGAAUCCAGUACCUUCAGGAGCAAGGCAUGCUGGGUACGACCCCCGAGGACCUGGCUCAGUUCUUGCACCAGGAAGAGCGGCUCGAUUCGACUCAGGUGGGAGAGUUCCUCGGGGAUAACGACCGCUUCAAUAAGGAGGUGAUGUACGCCUACGUGGAUCAGAUGGACUUCCAGGGCAAAGACUUUGUUUCUGCUCUGAGGACGUUCCUGGAGGGCUUCCGGCUCCCCGGAGAGGCCCAGAAGAUCGACCGGCUCAUGGAGAAAUUUGCUGCGAGAUAUCUUGAAUGCAAUCAGGGGCAAACCCUCUUCGCCAGUGCUGACACGGCGUACGUCCUGGCCUACUCCAUCAUCAUGUUGACGACGGACCUUCACAGUCCACAGGUGAAGAAUAAGAUGACAAAAGAGCAAUACAUCAAGAUGAACCGCGGCAUCAACGACAGCAAAGACCUGCCUGAGGAGUAUCUCUCCGCCAUCUACGACGAGAUCGCGGGCAAAAAGAUCGCCAUGAAGGAGACGAAGGAGCUCACCAUGAAGUCCAACAAGCAGAGUGUGGCGAGUGAGAAGCAGAGGCGUCUGCUGUACAACGUGGAAAUGGAGCAGAUGGCGAAGACGGCCAAAGCUCUGAUGGAGGCUGUCAGCCACGUGCAGGCUCCCUUCACCAGCGCCACACAUCUGGAGCACGUCAGACCCAUGUUCAAGCUGGCAUGGACUCCCUUCCUGGCAGCGUUCAGCGUGGGCCUGCAGGACUGUGACGACACCGAGGUGGCCUCUCUGUGUCUGGAGGGUAUCCGGUUUGCCAUCAGGAUAGCGUGCAUCUUCUGCAUACAGUUGGAGAGGGAUGCGUACGUGCAGGCUCUGGCGAGGUUCACGCUGCUGACGGCCAGCUCCGGCAUCUCAGAGAUGAAGCAGAAGAACAUCGACACCAUCAAGACCCUGAUCACUGUGGCCCACACCGAUGGAAACUACCUGGGCCCCUCCUGGCACGAGAUCAUGAAGUGCAUCAGUCAGCUGGAGCUGGCUCAGCUGAUCGGCACCGGAGUGAAGGCGCGCUACAUCUCAGGGACGGUGCGGAGCAAAGAGGGUUUCAUCACGAGCACGAAGGAGCAGAGCAACGACGAGUACCUGGGCCUGGUCGGAGGGACGGUGGACCGUAAGCAGAUCGCCAGCAUUCAGGAGUCCAUCGGAGAGACGAGCUCUCAGAGCGUGGUGGUGGCGGUGGACAGGAUAUUCACCGGCUCCACCCGGCUGGAUGGUAACGCAAUAGUGGACUUUGUGCGCUGGCUGUGUGCUGUGUCCAUGGAUGAGCUGGCCUCGCCCACACACCCACGUAUGUUCAGCCUGCAGAAGAUCGUGGAGAUCUCCUACUACAACAUGGGCCGCAUCAGGCUGCAGUGGUCCAGGAUCUGGGAGGUCAUCGGAGACCACUUCAACAAGGUCGGCUGUAGCUCUAAUGAAGAUGUGGCCAUCUUCGCCGUGGACUCUCUCAGGCAACUGUCCAUGAAGUUCCUGGAGAAAGGGGAGCUGGCCAACUUCAGAUUCCAGAAAGACUUCCUGAGGCCUUUUGAGCACAUCAUGAAGAAGAACAGGUCCCCGACCAUCAGAGACAUGGUGGUGCGUUGUAUAGCCCAGAUGGUGAACUCCCAGGCGGCCAACAUCCGCUCCGGCUGGAAGAACAUCUUCUCCGUCUUCCACCUGGCCGCUUCAGACCAGGACGAGAGCAUCGUGGAGCUGGCCUUCCAGACCACGGGCCACAUCGUCACGAAUGUAUUUGAGAAGCACUUUGCGGCCACCAUCGACUCCUUCCAGGACGCCGUUAAGUGUCUGUCAGAGUUCGCCUGUAAUGCCUCCUUCCCAGAUACUAGCAUGGAAGCCAUCCGCCUCAUCCGACACUGCGCCAAAUACGUCUCUGAGAGACCCCAGGCCUUCAAAGACUACACCAGUGAUGACAUGAAUGUCGCACCUGAGGACCGCGUGUGGGUGCGCGGCUGGUUCCCCAUCCUCUUCGAGCUCUCGUGCAUCAUCAACAGGUGCAAGCUGGACGUCCGGACCAGGGGGCUGACGGUGAUGUUUGAAGUGAUGAAGACGUACGGCCACACCUUUGAGAAACACUGGUGGCAGGACUUGUUCCGGAUCGUCUUCAGGAUCUUUGACAACAUGAAGCUUCCCGAGCAGCAGACGGAGAAAGCAGAGUGGAUGACCACCACCUGUAACCACGCCCUUUACGCCAUCAGCGACGUGUUCACUCAGUACUUCGAGUCGCUCAGCGACGUGCUGCUGGAUGACAUCCUGGCUCAGCUGUACUGGUGUGUGCAGCAAGACAACGAGCAGCUCGCACGUUCAGGCACCAACUGUCUGGAGAACGUGGUCCUCCUGAACGGAGAGAAGUUCUCCCUGGAGACCUGGGACAAGACGUGCAACUGCAUGCUGGACAUCUUCAAGACCACCAUCCCCCACGGGCUGUUAACAUGGAGACCAGCAGGAUCAGAGGGAGAACACCUGACAGCACAGAGCCCGUCAGACAAGCUGGACUCCGUUUCCCAGAAGUCAGUGGACAUUCAGUCUCGCUAUGACGACCAGCAUUCCAUCAGCAGCGCCGACAGGGUCGCCAUGGAGAACCGCCGACACAGUCAGUACAGCUCAGCCCCGAUCAAGGUCCAGGAGCAGCGUUUGUUUGCGGCUCUGCUGAUAAAGUGUGUCGUGCAGCUGGAGUUGAUCCAGACGAUCGAUAACAUCGUGUUUUUUCCGGCCACCAGUAAGAAGGAGGACGCUGAGAACUUUGCUGCUGCUCAGCGGGACACCUCGUCUGCAGCGGACAUCCCGCUGGAGCUUCAGAACCCGGGCAUGUACCGCUACCUGACCUCAGAGCAGCUGUUCAAGCUGCUGGACUGCCUGCUGGAGUCGCAUGGCUUCGCCAAAGCUUUCAACUCCAACAACGAGCAGAGGACCUUACUGUGGAAAGCAGGUUUCAAAGGGAAGUCGAAGCCCAACCUGCUGAAGCAGGAGACCAGCAGUCUGGCGUGCGGCCUGCGCAUCCUCUUCCGUAUGUACACAGACGAGAGCCGACGGGACGCCUGGGAGGAAGUUCAGAGACGACUGCUCAAUGUGUGCAGCGAGGCGGUCGCGUACUUCUUGGCUCUGACCUCAGAGAGCCACAGAGAGGCCUGGACCAACCUGCUGCUGCUCUUCCUCACCAAGGUGCUAAAGAUCAGUGACGAGCGGUUCAAGGUGCACGCGUCCAGGUACUACCCUCUGCUGUGUGAGAUCAUGCAGUUCGACCUGAUCCCAGAGCUCCGGGCCGUCCUCAGAAAGUUCUACCUGCGCAUCGGCCUCGUGUUUCACAUCGCACAGCUGCCUGCGCCCAGAGCAGAAGCUCAGCCGCCACACGCUGAGCAGGAGGCGGACACCGAGGCGGGGGGGGAGGCCCAGUGAUGCUGCGCCACAGACAGACCUGAGGUGGGGGCUCUGGGUCCCCUCUGGGUUCAGCCUGACUCUGCUACCACCCACCACCCGCACCCUUAACCCGACACCACACACACACGCCUUUACUCACAACUACUGAUUAACAACUGACAGUUAUCCAUAUCUGUGACCUGCUCAGAGGGAAUCUAUAUUUCAGAAAACGUGUGCUUCUUACUGUAUUUAAAAGUAAAUAACAGUUCCAACAACAUGCAAAAAGACGUAUUUAAUAACUAUGAAAUGGGACGUUUGAUACGCGUCGACAGUAACGAUCUGAAGGCUAACAUUAGCAUCGGUAGCCUCUCUGAUGAAACUAGUUGUACAGAUCUGCCGCUGUGUAAUAUAAUCUUAUAACACUAGAUUUCAUUUAUUUUUCUUUAUUUUGUUCCUCCUCUGGAUUUGCUGCACUUGAUCUCUUUUUGAAUGCACUGGAGAUUUUACUUUUGUGAUAAUUUAUUUGACUGUACCAUCUCCUGCAGAUUGUCCUCUACAGCGUGGAAAGUGAAGGGUUAAAUUAUUCCAUUUUAUAUGUUCUUAGGUUUUUAUCAGAGUUCUAGAUAACUGGAAGAUGAGCACCCUGAUGAGAGCUGCUUUGGAGUCACUAGUCUGUUUAUGUUUGAGUUUAGGUUUCACUUUGUGUACAAAAUCAAAAGUUAAUAAUAUAUUUAAUGGUUUUUGUUUCUUUGGUUUGGGGGAAAUCUGUAUAGAGAAAAUGACAAACGUUAGCUGUGCUUUAAGUAUGAAUGGGACGCAUUCCUGCUCAUGGAUGUAGAAAACAAAAUGUAUAUGAUACAGCAAUGUAAAGUUUUCUAUGUUGCAAAAAAGAUUAUGUACAACUUUCUGUACGAUACAUCAUCUGGCAUUCUAAUCAGGUUCUAGGUCAAUAAAGUUUUUGAACUUG